AUGCAUGAGUUCAAUACGGUAGAUGGAGGCACCAAGGCGCUCAACUUCUCAAUGCACAACGUCUACAAAGCCCUCGACGGCGUAGAGACGUCGAGCGAAGCAGGCUGGCUAGCCGACAUUGGCAUUCGGGAAUUAGGUCUUGACUCUGGAGAUGUCAGCUUCAAAUGGCUUGGUAGCGAUCACAUCAAUGCCACUGAGAGUAAUACCACGCCAUACGGCUUCGACAGCCCUCUGCCCAAAAGAUGGAAUUACUUACAUCUGAACUCAGUGAACAAGAAUGCCGAUGGUGACUAUCUAGUAUCCGCGAGGCUCACGGAUAGUAUCUUCAAAAUAUCUGGACACGACGGCUCCGUCUUAUGGCACCUCGGAGGCCUGAGAUCCUCUUUCAAACUCGACGAUUUCAAUUUCUCGCGGCAACACGACGCUCAAUGGGUAUCCCCCAACGAUGAAGUCGAGAUCAUCACAUUCCUCGACAAUGGCGCAGACAAUCUGGACCCGCCGUACGGCCCAUACCCGACCAGCGAGAUCUCCUCAGGGUUGCUAGUCGAAUUGGACAAACGUACUAUGAAGGCCAGAGUCCUCAAACGAUGGAUAAGGCCAGACCAAGGACUGUCGCGAUUGCGAGGCAACAUGCAGAAUCUACCAGGAGGCAAUGUUCUCAUGUCCUGGAGUGACAACGCCUACAUGACAGAGCAUUCAGUGUCCGGCGAUUUGCUUGCCGAAGCUCGAUUCACCAGCGAGCGCUUCGUGACCUACCGAGCGUACAAAUUCAACUUUACUGGGAUGCCAGCGGAAGCAAAACCUGUUCUGAAAGCAUUCGCGCACGGUAUUACACAAGAGAAGAGCUCAACGGUGAUUUAUACCAGUUGGAAUGGCGCGACCGACAUUGCUUCGUGGAAGUAUUAUUGCACAGGCCCCGAACAAGACCCAAGGGCGAUUGGCGAGGCUGCGCGCACUGGCUUCGUGACCACGUUUUAUACUUCUAGCUAUGAGUGUGGAGAGGUCUUUGCGGAGGCCAUUGACCAGGAUGGUAUCGUCAUGGGAACUGCUCUCCCUUCAGCAACUGAAAGGCCGAAGCAUUGGGGCAAGGAGAAAUGUGAUGGCGCUGAUCUAGAUCUGUCUGCCGAGAGCAUAAGAUCGGAACUCUGA